GAAAAGGCGUAGCCAAGCCUUACUGUGGACUGACAGCACAGCCACAUGAUCCAAGCGUUCUGCCGGAGACUGGGUGUCAGAUAAGAAGAACCUAACGCCCUAAAUCGGUUCCAGGACCUCCGUUCAGUUAGUAGAAUGGAAAUUGGACUCUCAUUCUUUCGCCGAUCCGGUCUAUCGCCACCAUGAGCCUUGCGUGCUGGCAAGGAGGGGGUUUCGGGCUGAAGGCUGUGCCCAUACCUUCGUCGGAGACACACCAAACCCCCCAACAACCGCCUAUCUCGUGUAAUUCUGUGAAAUUCUGAUCAAACUUCAGAUCCACAAGUCACCCUCUUAGCGCACAACCAUCUAUUCGUCCGAGACCCACUUCGCAGUAUAUGAAAUGUGGCGAAACUCAGUGUGUGAUUGGGCAUCUCGCAGCUUCCCCAGAAUGUGUCAGUUUUGGCUUGGUCCGCGUUUGAUCCUUUGAUACCGACCUAUUUCAAUAGGAGAAGCUCGGGAAUCUUUCGUAUAGGCUUCACCUCUGUUCUCAACCCUUCAGUUCAUUCCAUCUAACUUAUUGAGGAAAGCAAGCGCCCGCUUCUCUUACUUAAAUGAAUAAACCGAUCUGAUUCUCCAUUUGUGAUGCAACAUAGAAUGAAACGGGUCUCGCUGCUGCUUUUUGAAUAGCACUUACAAACCCCCCGAUUUUCUCACAUUCCAGGGUUGUUGCUAUGCCCAAGUCUUGCUUUGUCCCCAGCACGUGAUAAUGGAUCGCUACUGAUUCAAGUCCUCCCACACUGAACAUUGGGAAUAGAAAAAUAGAUCUCUCUUUCACAACCAAGCGUACCAAUACAUAGUCAGUUGCACUAAAAUGGCCUCCUUGCACCUAUAAUUCAGUCUGUCGACGAAAGCCUAAAAGAAAAAAGGGAAGUGCCGACACAUGAAUAGGAUAGGUCUUCCCAGCAGAUUGAUUAGAGAACUCCCCGUGCUUCCUGCUGAUGAGUUAGCGGGCAGCUUAUCCAAUCUGUGCUUUAGUCAUAAUAAAUAGGAUUCUCCCCUGCCGCCCUUUCAACCGUACAAUCUUCAUGCUCAGUAGCAAGGCAUCCCCUUUUCUUUUAUGAUGAGCUAUUCUAACUAUGCUCAGAGCACUCACUUAUGCCCUGUAAAUGGAAAGCUUCUGGUCAGCAUAGCUUCUCUUGCUGGUAGUAUUUCCCUAGCGAAAAGCUAAGAAAAAAAAGUAGUAGGUAAUUCAGCAUCAAGAAAGUCUCAUACAUUGGGGUACGAAAUUAGGCUGCGCAUCCCAAGAAAGAUCCGCCCCCGCGUCCGGUAGACGAAGCUUUGGUCUACAGAGGUGUAGAGUUUGGCUAGGUAAGAUAAUGGGUCAGGGUUCCCCUAUCUAUACUCUGCUUCUGUACUAGACCUUGCUUUCUGAAGCUUUCAACCUUGCUCCUGUCACCUAAUCUGAAGUUCAUAUGAUCGGCCUGGGAAGAGCGAACUAGAAUGCCUGGGCCGCUAACAAAGAGCAAAUUCUCUGAUCCUCAUUAUCUAAACAAAGGGGUAACAUUGGAAAUCCAUUUCGUAAUUCAACCUUACCCGGGGUCAAGUUUCUAGGGCUUACCAAAUUCUGAUUUGACCUUUAGUACGGAAUGGUGGAAAAGACCCGAGCGAGGGAAUGAGUUUGAUCUUAUGAAAAGACUCACACUAUAUACGGAAUUACGUUGAGGAAGAUGCGAGUGAGUUCAAAGCAUAAGCAUGAACUAACAAAACAAAGCAAAUAUGGUCCAAAACAACGCGAGUCUCACACGCAGAUGUUGAUUCUCCGUUACACCUUUCACCCCUAUAAACCCUGAAAGUUUUCCAGUUUCUUCGGCUACGAGAAAGUGCUCCUCUACUUUUGACACUUCUCUGCACGCUGACUUUCUCUUUUAGGAAACAACAACUACUUGCGCUAUUGUUUUUUCUUGUUCUUAUCUCUCGGCCUGUCCGGUGAUAGGGAAAGUCAAAUCUGAGAUUCUCAUAUAAUAAUGAAAUGAAUUUGAAGUGGAAUGUUCUAAUAGGAAGCCUUGCUUAUGUCUUGAGAAGGAAGCCCUUCGAACAUCUGUAAUAGUCAUAUAGGAGGAACUGCCCAUGAACCUUGUUCUUUAUGCUAAACAGAGAGCUGUAUCCCAGCUCAGAAGGAACGAUAGCCAAGGCUAGCUAUAGGAGCCAUUGAGACCCUGUGAUUAAGGUAGCUUACUGCGCUUAGAGAGCCCGUAGACCUGUAUUAGAGAGACUGCCCUGGAUAGAGUCCAAGCUGCGUAGCCCUCCCCUCCCCAAUUUAUGUGAGGGAAAUCCCGGCUCUCCAUAUAUGAAUAAAAUUCUUGGGCUAGAAUAAGACUUACUGUAGUAUUUUAGUAAGCGUAUAUAAGCAGCUGUUUAGUGUAUAAGCAAUUCUUUCUUUAGUGGCCGCACCGAAAGGGAAGGUACCGGUGGAGGUUGGUUGAAGAUGAUGUUACACGGCGUUCAGAACCAGCCUUGAAGUGAAUGAAUUAGAAAGAACGAAGAAGUAAGGAAAUGAGACGACUCUUUCUUGAACUAUAUCAUAAACAGAUCUCCCCCUCCACACCAAUCACGAGUUUUUCUCUAUUCCUCUCGUAUAUCGUCGUAACGCCCUUAAUGCUAGGUUUUGAAAAACACUUUUCAUGUCAUUCCCAUUUAGGUCCGAUUCGGAUCCCUCCGUUGUUUCCUUUUCCUUCCGCACCUUUUCCUCGAAAUGAGAAAGAAGAUGGUACACUUGAAUUGUAUUAUUUAAGUUCUUAUUGCUUGCCAAAGAUCCUACUUCUACAAUUGGUAGGUCACCGGGUUAUUCAAAUCAGUCGUGUUUUCUGUGGUUUUCCCAUGUUACAACUUCCGUACCAAUUCGGUCGAUCCGAAAUGGAUCGGUUAAACAUUCCAUUAGGGAGCCUGGUCUUGACUCUUCUGUGUGGUAUUCAUUCUCGUUCGGCUCUUGGAAUCACAUCCAGCAGUGGUUGGAACAGCUCGCAAAAUCCAACCACUUCACCUACUUCAUUGCCCCCAACCAUUUCUCGUACCUCUAUUGAAACAGAAUGGUUUCAUGUUCUUUCAUCGAUUGGUUAUUCCUCUCCGUUCGUAUCUCUUUUUCCAAUUUUGGUCUCGAUUAGUUCACAAGAUUGAAUGGCCAAUUAUCCUCCG